UUUUAAUGUGUUUAGUUGAUAACGGUGUGCGGAGCGUGCCGCUCGUGUCUCCAUUCGAAACCCAUGUCUUUUUGAUCCCGUGACCAUCUUUACCGUGUAAAUUAUCGAAACGAUUAAAUACCCGCAAUUGAAUUGAAACCUCUACCUCAUACCCGGUCGUAUAUUUACCGUUCAAGAUAGGGCCAAUAACAGAAACAAAAUGGAUGUCAGAUGGAAAGUUAGUUCAAGAGAACAACAACAUUUCCAUCCAUGUGACUCCACCGGAUGGAGAAGAAGAUGAUGAAUUUGUACCGCCGCUACGAAUGCGGCGGAAACUCAGCACACCGCUAAGUGCUUUACCAGGAUCAAUAGAAAGACUUAAUGCUACAGAACUAUUAAGACUAUCACCAGUAAGAUGUUUAUCUCCGUUGGAUCGCACAAAGCGUCGCUUCAGCACGAUGGUAUCAAGCGCUGCGGCAGCUGCAGUGUCACGACGUCUCUCUGCAACUAUCGGAUGGUGCCUCGCCACUCCCACGCAAGUCAAACCUCAAAUAGUCCGCCAGGGUCGUGCACUCUGCCUUCAAUACAUUAAAACACAAAUAAGGCGAUCGUCGUCAUGCCCAAAUAAACAAAUAGUAUUAAAACGUCUGCAAAGAAUGCUGGAAACUGAAUGUGGUGAGGAAGCUACGAAUAAUAUAGAAAGCGGUGUUCUGGCCGCAUUACGGGCUUUAUGUGCUGCUUUAGAGAGAAAAAGACCAGAAGCGUUUAGACAUGUAGCGCGGCAGGCUACAAGAGCGCCUUCGGCUAUGCUGCGAUCGGAUACAGCCCUUGCUGAGUUGACGCUUGCAUUAGCUCGUCGUAUUACCAGAGAAAACAUAACAUGGUCCAAAAUCGCUGCUGUGUAUUGUAUAUGUGGAGCUCUGGCAAGGGAGGCGGCAGAGGCAGGAGAUGGGGAACCCCCGCUUGAACUAGUGUCGUCACCAGCCGCAGCCAUAGCAGACCUUCUCCACGAAGAUGCUGGGUCCUGGAUAGCAUCUCAUGGUGGCUGGAACGGACUUAUCGAAAGACUACGCAUCAGUGAACGCGACCAACGAUCCGAGAAAACACUUCGAGUUAUGGUGUCUUUCUUUGCAUUGGCAUGCUGCUUUCUGUUACUACUAAGAUGGGUCAUCCAUACAAAUCCAGCCUAUGAUGAAUAAUUACAUAAGAAUACCUAAUUUAAAACUAAAGUACCUUUUUUUAUCUUAGUCAUUUACUCCACGAAUUGUUAUAAUGGAAGGAUUAUUGAGUCAUUAAACCAAUCUUUCACUUAAUAUUAUAAACCGAUUUAUUUUCAUUCAUUCAUUCAUUCGUUCAGUUUAUUUAUAUGGAAUACGAAAAUAUUUAUUUAAUUUAAUUUUACUGUAAAAAAGGUCGAUUGCUACAAAUAGAAUAUUCUUACAAAUCCUCAGUAUAUGGUAGUCAUUUAAUUCCAUAACAAAGAUUUAUAUUUAUACUAAUUUAUUUAGUAAUAAUGACUUUACUUGUUAUUUUUAAUAUGCUAAGUUCUACUGUAGCCGCAAUUGCAGUUAGUAUGGUAAUUAUAAAUAGAGAGAGAGAGAGAGAAAUACUUUGGCAGUAAUAACUAAAUCUUACAUAAUGUUUAUGGAGAUAAAACCAAAAUUUUUUCCUUCGCGUUACACUUUAUAACAAACAAUUUUUAUGUCCUACGAAAACACACUAAAAUGUCUUAACCGUGAAGUAUAUAUGCCUCUAUAAAUAUCCAUAUUGCAAUGAUUAAUCGAAUCCAUUAACUUAUACUGAUAUAAAAUUUAAGCAAAGCAAAAAAUUAAUCACAGAAAAGACCUCUGUGGAAGCAACAAGGCAAAUAAAACAUUAUAAAAAAUAGAUGCUGUUAGGAACUAUUUGUAAUAAAAAAGACUCAUCACCGAUCAAAUAUUGGUCUUUCUUAUUGUACUUUUUUACAAAUUUAUUCAUAUAUUGUGAACAAAAUCUAUAAGUACGUGAUGAAAUUUUAAAAAUAAAGACUUUAUCUUAUAUAUAUGAGCAAGAGCAUUGAAGUACAAAGCCUUAAUGGUUGUGAAGAUUGUAUUCGUCAAAAAGUAAGUUCGUUAUAAAAUUAAAUAUAUUUGACAAGUUGCAAAUUAAAAAUAUGUAUAGAGAUCAAGAAUCCUACGUACCUACAUAUUUUGUUAUUUUUAGUUCACUUGAAAAUGGUAACUAAUACCUAAGCCUUGUUUGAAUUCCUACGUAAACAUUUUUGUAUUUUUUUAUUCAUAAAAGGAACUUUUUACAAUCAUAAAAACCGAUAUGAUAGACGUAUGAAUAUUAUUAACAUUGAACAGUUAUCAUAAAUCAUCAAGUGGAAACAUCUUUAUGUAAUUAACCCCAUAUCACUCUCAUUGAAUAUGUAUAGUAACAGUUAAAUUACAACGAAAAAUACAUGAUUAUCCUUCUUUCACUUAAUGUUUUGAAUAUGUUAUUAACAUCUAGGUUCGAACCUCUCUAAACCGCUACAAACCUCUUUAGAUUUUUCAUCAGAAUCAAGGUCGACUAUUUCUUGCCACAAAAAAAAUCUUACUUUUCACAUUAGAUAGCACUUUUCAGUUUUAAUGUCAUCUUAAAGCCUUAACGAAUAAACAUACAGGCUUAUCAAUUAUGUUAUUUAUGUUAUAGAAAUUUUGCCUAAUAAAGUAUUAGAAACAUCAAGGCUGAAAUUGUUAGUAUAAUAAAAAAAUAUAUAUUAA